AUGCCAGGAGCAAUCACAACCUCACUGAGGACAGCCAGCAAGAGAAGCACAGCAACAUCAGUACCCUCAACAACUUCCCAGGCCCUUAUAACCUCAACUCCCAGCACAUCCACAGGCACACACUCAACAGUUACCUCAGUCCCUAUCAAUCCCAAGAAAGGUGUUUCCCUCUUUCCCUACGGGCCACACGUUAGAGACCAGGAGUUUAUCAGGAGGAGAGUAGACUUCACCUCGCCGCUCUUCAAGCCCCAGAUUGGCUUCCCUUUCGGCUCCUCUCUCCGAGAUUUCCUCUAUUUCACAGAUAAUGGUCAGAUCAUUUUCCCGGAAUCAGAGUACCAGAUUUUCGCCUACCCCAACCCUCCCCUUAGAGGCUUCACGGACAGGGACCAGCUGGCCAUUGUGGCUCCAUUCUGGGGCGAUGCUGAUUUCUCCAGCCACCAGGGAACCAUAUUUUACCAGGAAUAUGAGACGCUCUAUGAUGACUACAAACCACUUGUAGUCCAGCAGGUGGAAUCUUGGAUUGAAAAGUUUACAAAUACCUGGAACUACAAAGCCAGGUGGACCCUAAAGGUUACAUGGGUCAAUGCCUCUGCUUAUCCUUCCCAGUGGACCUAUGGGACCAGCACCUACCAGGCCAUCCUCUCCACAGACGGAAGCAGAUCCUUUGCCCUGUUUCUCUACCAAAGUGGUGGGAUGCAGUGGGAUAUGACCCAGCACCCAGGCAACUGGGUCCUCAUGGGCUUCUCCAGUGGAGAUGGUUAUUAUAAAAACAGCCCGCUGACAUUCCAGCCAGCGUGGGAGAGGUAUCGUCCAGACCAAUUUCUGAAUUCCAACUCAGGCCUCAGAGGGCUACAGGUCUAUACGCUACACAGUAGAGAAAGACCCAACUACCGUCUCAGGUGCCUGCAGCGGUUGAAGAGACAACCUCAGUUUUCCAGCUUGGGCUGGGACCACAUCUCCUGCCCUUGCUCUUGGCAGCAGGGACUGUGGGACUUACGGUUCCAGCCCAUCCACAUAGGCUGGUGGGGCCUCGGCAGCAGGCAGCUGUGCAGCUUCUCCUCCUGGCGUGGGGGCGUGUGUUGCAGCUACGGGCCAUGGGGAGAGCUUCUCCAAGGCUGGAGAGUGCAGAGUCUUUGGCAGCUUGAGCAAGAAGUGGAGCUGCAGGACUGGUGCUGCCACAGGACUGACCAUUCCUCCUUCUGCGCCCUGUACCACCAAAGGCAGCCCCGCAUCAGCUGUGCUUGGUACCAGCCCCCAAGGCCCGCCUGGAUGUUUGGGGACCCCCACAUCACCACCUUGGAUGGUGCCAAUUAUACCUUCAAUGGGCUCGGGGACUUCCUGCUAGUCCGGGCCAGGGAUGGAAACUCCUCCUUCCUGCUUCAGGGACGCACUGCCCAGACUGGUUCAGCCCAGGCUACCAACUUCAUUGCCUUUGCUGCUCAGUACAACACCAGCAGCCUGGAUCCCAUCACGAUUCAGUGGCUCCUUGAGCCCAAUGACACAAUCCACGUGUUGCUCAAUAAUCAGACUGUGAUCUUUGAAGAUGGAGAAGACCAGGAAAUCUUCAAUACCACUGGAGUUAUAAUGAACCGCAAUGGCUCCCUGGUGUCAGCCAGCUUAGAUGGGACAGUGAUCGUCUCAGUGAUUGCUCUCUCCAACAUCCUCCAUGCCUCCUGCAGCCUCCCAGAAGAGUUCCGAAACCGUACAGAGGGCCUCCUGGGGGUCUGGAACAAUUAUCCAGGUGAUGACUUCAGGAUGCCCAAUGGCACUGUUAUUCCCCAGGGGAGCACUGAAAAGGAACUUUUUCACUAUGGAAUGACCUGGGAAAUCAAUGGAACAAACCUCCUUGGCAAGAGGGACAACCAUCUGCCUUCCAACUUCACCCCAGUCUUCUUUGACCAACUGUUGAAAAACAACUCCGUGACCUCCGGGUGCAAUGGAGAUUCACAAUGUAUCUAUGACACCCUGGCCACAGGAAAUGCAGGAACUGGACAGCAUACUAGUAUGCUCUGGAGAAGAUACCAGGAGAUGAACAAAACCCUCAAUCAGAACCCGCCCUCUAUCAAUGGUUUCUCAGAACUGAAAGCCUACAUGGGGAACACCACACUGAUUCACUACAAAAGCAGCUCUAAGGAUGUUACAUUCACUCUCAGAAACAACAACACUGAUGACUUCAAGCUUUUUGAGAAUGGAACAUUGCAAUGGACACCACGCUCGCUGAAACCAUUCACUCUGGAGAUUCUAGCGAGAAAUGUCAAGAACAACUUAUCAUCUUUACUUCAGCCAAAGACUGUGGUCUGUGCUUGUAAGGAAAAGAAACAGUGCUUAUACAACCAGACCAGCUGGGUGGGCAAUUCCUCCUUGGAGGUGGCCGGUUGCAAGUGUGACGACAACAAUUUUGGUCACUACUGUGAACGCUCCAAGGACCUCUGUGAUGAGCAGUGCUUCCCGAAUGUGAAGUGCAUACCUGGGCAGGGCUGUGAGGCUUGUCCUUCAAACCUAACUGGGGAUGGACAUCACUGUGCACCUCUGCAAUACUAUGACCUCUGUCAGAAUACAUCCUGCCCUGUGAAUCAUUGCUACAACCAAGGCCACUGCUACAUCUCCCAGGCUCUGGGCUGCCAGCCCACCUGCACCUGCCCCCCAGCCUUUACAGAUGCCCGCUGCUUCCUGGCUGGGAACAAUUUCACUCCAACCCUCAAGUCAGAGUUUCCAUUAAGAACCAUCCAGAUCUUUCUCAGUGAAGAAGAACAUGCCUCUGUAGAAGAGGUCAACGCCUCGGUGGCCUAUAGACUGGAGAACCUGGAUGUGCAGGCCUUUGUAACGAACAGUGAAGUGAAAAAAAUUGAUCCUCCAGUAGCACUGACCUCAGAAAAAUCCCAACAAUGGAGGGUCAUAUCGAAGUUCCAAUACCGCCCUUGGGGUCCUGUCAUCGACUUCCUGAACACCCAGCUGCUGGAUGCAGUGGUGGAGGCGUUUUUACUACAGGCCCCACAGGGGAGGUGGAAGAGAAGUGAGGGGCCCAGGAACAACGUCGUCUUCAACACCAUCUCUAGAAGAGAUGUGCACAGUUUGAUGGCAUUGAACGUGAGCACGCUGCAGCGUUACCUAAAGUGCAAUGGCUACGAGGGCUACAAACUGGUCUACAGCCCGCAGGGCGGCUUCACUUGCAUGUCCCCCUGCAGUGAGGGCUACUGUGAGCACGGAGGCCAGUGCCAGCACCUGCCCGAUGGGCCCCACUGCAGCUGUGUGCCCUUCUCCAUCUACAUGACCUGGGGCAAGCACUGUGAGCACCUGAGCAUGAAACUCGGCGCCUUCUUCGGGAUUCUCUUUGGAGCCUUGGGCGCCCUGUUGCUACUUGGGGUCAUAGCGUUUGUGGUCCUGCACUUCUGGCGCUCCGGGAUCCAGUACUCCUACCCCCUGGACUCGGAAAACUGAAGCCUCGCUCCAAGGAGCUUAGCUGUGCCUUAAGAUACCUCAAGACCCUC